AAAUGUAGUGUCGGCUCAAGUGUGUACAGUACAUCUUUUUCUGAGGAAACAGAAGUAGGACGCACUUCCCUUGAAUCUGUGGCGCAACAUUUCCAGCUAACAGCUUUCCAAAGAAGGAAGACGCAGCAAACUGCACGACUCCUGUAGUAUGAUCAGACUUGAGUUGGAGUGCUGUUUUCAAAGCAUCGUUUCAGCAUGAAGUUUAACAGGCGAGUUCGCGAUAGGAUGUCUUUGAUCCUGUUUCUUUUAGGAAACAUUGCCUCUGUAGCUCUCUCUGAUCUUGAUAAUGAAACAGGCCUGAAUCUUGUUUGUACCAACGACUUAGAGGAUUUGAUGUCUUGCGACUUUGACGCACAAAACUGCACUGAAUACAAUCUGACUGUGCGGAGCAACGAUGGACGAGGGGAGCAGCGCUGCAUUAUCAAGCAGUGUGACACUGGACGGUGUUGUUGCUCUGUCAUAAUGAUACUUGUACCAGAGGAGACUCAUAACGCAACAGUUUUCAAAGGGGGCCAAAGUGUGGAGUCCAAAUUCAUCAGCAUCACAGAUAGUGUAAAGCCCAAAGCACCAACAAUCUUCUCAGUGAAGGAAUCCAACGGGAAUUUUAGAGUUGAGUGGACAGCAAACACUAACAGUAACAGUCUCAGAAGCAGAUUGAGUGCUCAAGUGACUUACCAUAAGAAGGGAGACACAAAAGAGGUAUCUAAAAAUAUCACAAAAGCCGUAGUUAAUGGAUCAAAUUACUAUGAUAUACCUGGUAAAGACUUGGAGCCAAAUACAACAUACCUGGUCAGCGUGAAAAGCUACACAAGCAUAAGUGGCCUGUUCAGUGACAGUAGUGAAGAGCAUGAAUUCAGAACUCCUGCGUCCCGUCACGCCCUGCUCUCGGCUGUCAUCAUCUGCCUCAGUUUUGCUGCAGUCAUCAUCACCAGUGUUGCACUAGGCUGUUUUGAAAUAUUAAAAGCAAAGUGGCGGGAUACACUUUCCAAAUGUCCAAAUCCAGAACUUUUAGACAUACAUCCAGGCGAACAAAAGGUUUUAAAGCAAUUACAAACCAACUUCUCUUCUGUCUCCAUUGACACUGCUGUUGUAAAUAACAGUGAACCACGGUUGAUGGCAUCACUGACAGAAAGCAGCAGUGGGAUGAGUACCGGCUUCUCUUCUGCCAUUAUAGAACCUGCUGACAUCAAGGCCGGCGUUCAGGGUGCCCUCAGUAAAGCCUUCACCCACAUUGGUCCAAGAUCGUCAGUGACUGCCUCUCUGCUCACAGAAUCAAACAAAGACAGUGGUUUGCUCUCCGCUACCUACAAUCCUUGUGUCACAGCUGAUGACUUAAAGAAUUCUCCUCAAUCCACUGACUUUGACAACAUGACCUAUUCGAUACGCAUUCCCAGCUGUCAGAUAAUGAUGAAUAAUUCUGAGAUGUUUUGUGACUCUGUGUACCAUCCCAGUGAAGGUGACAUGAUGACCUGUCCUGACAAGCAAGCACCAGUUUGUCCGGAUCCUGUACAACAAAAUAUCAUUUUACCAGCAGUGGUUUCAUCUCUUAUGCCAACAGACAUGUCGUAUCAGUGCAGUCCUGACAAGCAAGUACCAGUCCAGGAUGGUCAAUGUCUCUCUGAUGAUUCUGGGAGAUUUUCCUAUGCAGAAGACUCCAGUUUGUCCUCCAUCUCUAGAGGCACCAACACAACCAUGUCUUGUGAUCGCGCGUCCAGAGUCGAGAACUUUGACGAGGUGCUCAUUGGUGCGAUGAAGCCCGAUGGGGUCACUGUAUGUGACGAAAAUCCCUGCUACAAAUGUGUGCCUGCAAGCUUUCCUCCAGUGGAUGACGACUAUCAGGCAUUUGAAACUCUUGUGAAGCAGCCUGAUAUUUUGUUUUCAGAGCAGAGAAGUGGUGAGGAAGAGGAAGAUUUGGAUAAAUGUCCAGAGAAAUCACCCACAGAGAUCUCGAAAAGCUUCUUAAGCUCGGUGUUUCCAGAUGUCACCAAUGAUGUCCAGGAUGGUCAGUGUCUCUCUGAGCUCCAAAAACCUUUUAUCUCUUUGAUCUCUGCUGUCCAGUCAAGACCAAUAAUCACAGACAGAGGCUAUCAAAGUGUGUAGUGCUGUUUUUUAUGCAUUUAUACUUUUUUGUAAGAACGUGGUUGAGAAAUUUAAAAUUUGAGAGAGAGAGGAGGAGGAUGACAUGAUAUGAUAAGCAUUCAAAUGUUGAACGUGUUGCGAGUUUCAGAGUUUACUCUUGAACUUGGAAACAGCAACAACACCGUCUCACCUCAGGGGCCAUUUAGUAGCUUUUCUGUAUCUUUUUGAUCAGGGAUUUCUGCUUUAACACGCAAAUCUGUAACAUGACUGUUUUCAAGGCUGUUUUAUACAUUUUUCUACUCUCAGUAAUCUGCUUUGCACCUUAUGAACGGUUAUUUGUAUAACUGUGUACAAUGUUUUGACUUCUUGGCUACUUUUGAUGUGAAAAGUACAUAAUGUUUUUUUUUUAUUAUUAUUUAUUAUAUUUAAUUUUCUUCCUUUUUUAAAAUUAACUGCUUCACAUGACAACAUGUGGAGCAGUUAAUCUGUCACAUUUUACUGUAACUCUGCUUCCAUCUGUUGAUCUGAAAAUGAAUUCUUAAAUGAUUAAUGAAUCAUUGACAUGAUUAUCUUGUAUAAAUGGCUAAAAUAAAAUAAAAUAAAAAAUCCUUUAAA